UCACAGUCAGCCAGUUGGCAGCCGAGCCAGCUUGGUUAAGGCUGGGCAUUUUUGAUACUGUUUACUUUUGUAUGGAGACGAUAUGCCGGCGAUAGCAAAUAAAAUUCUAAUUACGCGAGUGGUCACGUGCUGAUGGUGGAAAUCAGAAAAUCAACUUAAAUCUGGCACUCGAGACACGUUGAAAAUGUCGGAUUGUUUAAAAAACUUUGGUUACUUCUCGGACGCAAGGACCACCCCGGCAAGAACGUGGGUGCUCGCCAUCCACCACACGUUUGAAGGCACCGAUGACCUCAGAAAAGGCAAUGACAAAGACGUAGAGAACCUGAAAAACGCCUUUUCAAGAAGAAAUUGCCUAUUUAAGGAUCUGAAGUCAAAAAAGAAAGAUGAAAUUCUCGAAACACUAUCGAACCAGGAAAAAUUAUUACAACUAUUCACAGAAAAAGAGCAAAGAUCUCAAGAUGACGCGCCUGAUGUUCUAUUUGUAUUCAUUUUGUCUCAUGGAAGGAUCGGUGGGAUCAUCGAAACCGAUCAAAAAGACGCCACAACAGGAGAUUUUGAGGCCUACUACCAAAAGGACGUGUGGGGAGGCCUAUCAGGAAUGACUUGCCUCCAGCAGUGCUUAAAAGUGCUUUGUCUCGGACCAUGCAGGGGUUCUAAUAGUGAACUGCGGCUUCCUGGAGACGCAAAAACUUUAAGCUCAACAAAAGGCAAAAAUGUUGAGCAGCCAAUAUGGGUAUCAAGUGUGUUAUGUUGGUGACUAAUGUAUAUAUUGUACCGUUGGUAACACUGUAAUAAAGUCUAGAAUUAUCUUGGAACCCGAACCGACCGGACGUGUUAUUCCGUUCUCCGCACUGUACAAGCGGCCAGAGGCCGCCAGGGCCGGCAAGUGGCCGCCCUUGUAACACCUCAAAAACAGGCCACCUCCAGACGUAACAAAUGGCGACGAGGAAAAACUAACUUCGGUGAAGGAGGAAGAGGUGAGUGGAGCGAGAAAAGUGCGAGACGGCGACCACGUGCAGCGUGUGGUGAUUCCCCAAAAUUGGCUUGGGUUGGUGUCCGGAGGCGGACCUGUCCGGCACCAAAAGAGACUUCGAAGGAGCCAACGAAGAGUUUCCGGCGGGAGGAAAGUCGGGCAAGAAGAAAUUCUCCGCGUGAGGCUGCGAAAAGCCGGGCGUUACAUCAGCCAACAAGGUGAGCUGAGCGUCAGCAGACGUUUUCAAGUCGAGGCGGCCAGCCGGCGAAGUGUGAAAGUCGGUUUGGCCAGAGAUCAAGAGUCCCGCGGCCCAGAGUGUUUGCGAGCGAAAUCGCAGCGGCAAGAGAAGGGUGAGCAGAGUCGCCUGCCGCAGAGUACGAAGCGUGACAGCCGUUCCUCGGACAAGGGAAGAGGACGGUGUGUGUCGGGGCGUCAGGGAAGGGCGUCGCCGAAAAGGGUCGGAGUGCGACCCAGUGAAGAGCUCUCCCAGGGUGGGAAGCUCACCGUGUUCGUCACCUUCAAGAAAAAGGGCCAGAAGGGAAAGGAGGAAGGAGGAGGACUUGGGCUCGUCAUCGUGAGUUCGAGUGGAGAGAGACCACGAGCCAAGUCUUGUCUUCAAGUGCAGAGUCUGCUGAGCGCAAAGAAAGCAAGAAAGAGGAAAGAGAAGGGCGAGAUUGAGUCCAGGGAAAACCAGCGGCCACCAGACAGAGGACGUGUGGCGCUGUCGUUCGUACGAGAGAGACGCCAGGAGGAGGCAGCCGCCUUCUCUGGCCAACGUGUGAGUGACUCGGAGGGUGCAACCGUAUCCUCGAGCCUUCGACCUGAGUUGAGGGGAUCUCCUCAGGGGUCGUUUAAGAAGUGCCAGGCGAACAAGAGCCUGAGGUGAAAAUUCCUGAGAUGAGGAGGAGAGAAAAGAAGAAAAUCAGCAACUGGAAUUUCAGGCCGUAUCCAGAUUGCGUGAACAUUUUUCGGUGAAAAUAAGUUCAGUGAAUAUUUGAGAUUGAGAAGGAUUUUAAGAGUUCAGAGUUGAGAAAGUUUAGAGCAAAUUUGAAAAUUCAAAAGUUGAAAGUAAAUUCAAAAUUUCUAGUAAAUUUCAAAAUUGUAAAUUUUGUAGUUCCAAUUCAAGAGUGAAUUUAAAGUGGUUCUCAAUUUGCAUUUUUGUAACCAAAUUCUUGUGCAUUUAUUUCAACAAAAUUGAAUUAUUGAUUGAUUAAUUGAUAGCAUGGCAUCUUCUUAAUUGUCUUAAAAUAAAAUAAUUGAGUUUUUAUCUUAGGCGGGAGAUGUUAUGUUGGUGACUAAUGUAUAUAUUGUACCGUUGGUAACACUGUAAUAAAGUCUAGAAUUAUCUUGGAACCCGAA